CAAACAUACAUUUGUACCAUAAAUCUAACUAUACAUUUCUCAUAAAUCAAGUACCCUACUCACACAUUCAUUAAUAUUUCCUCAAAACUUUAUAGCAUAAACUUUCCAUAAAUUAAUUUUUUGUUGGUUGGUCCAACUUGGUAGUUCUAUUUAUGGAUUCCUCCAGGUGAAACAAAGCUGAGAGACAUACAAAGGUGGUUUAAAGCUGUGUUUGGCUGUGUUACAUUAAAUAUUUUUCUCUAUUACUACUACAACUAGUAUUUGUUUUCCAUUUUUCCAAACAAACAUAAAUUUCUCUUUCCCCUAAAUUUUUCACCGCCCCCAAAUUCCGGAGAUCGAGGAGAGAGAAUAUUCGCCGGCGACCGGAUCUUUCUUCCGGCUGUGUUGCCGGCCAUUUUUCAUCUCCCGAUCUCAUCUCCGUCGUCUGAUCAUCAUUCAGCUUCGCAAUUUUUUGGCGAUCUCUGGAUAUUGAUUUUUUUUUUCAGAAUAUUAGGGUUUUAUAGGUUUCGAUUUUUUUUGUGUGGUUGAAUUUCAGUUUAUUGGUAUAGAUUCUGCAAAAAGAGAGAGAUAUUUAGUCGAAGGAGUUCAUCUAUGGAGGGAUGCAAGUUUGUGUAAGUUGUCUCUGGGAAGUAGGUUAUGCUUCGUCGUCUCAGAUGGUUAAUUGAUUUGACUCAGAGAAAUUUAACGGCGAAGAGAUUGACCGAUGCGGAGGUUAAACCAUUUAGACCAGCUAUGUUGGAUACUUUUCACGAGGUUGCUAUUUACCUUCACAGAUUUCACAAUCUUGAUCUUUUCCAGCAAGGAUGGUACCAAAUCAAGAUUUCUUUGAAGUGGGAGGAUGGGGAUGGUACUUAUGUUGGUAUCCCCUCAAGAGUUGUGCAAUAUGAAGCUCCUAGCAUGGGUUCUGAUGAUAGCUAUGGAGUUUGGAGAAUUGAUGAUUCUGAUAAUAGUUUCUCAACUCAACCUUUUAAGAUUAGAUAUGCAAGACAAGAUGUUCCUCUCUCGGUCAUGGUUGCUUUUAAUCUCUCUCUUUCAAAUCGUGAGAUUCCUGCCAAGUCUGGUGUUAUUAUCAAAUUUGAACUUAUCUAUUCUGCUUUAUUGGAGAAAGGGUCAGAGUUGCAGGCUUCCUUAAGUACCUCUGCUGCUGCUGUCCAUGAAUUCAGGAUUCCUCCGAAAGCUCUUUUGGGACUACAUUCCUAUUGUCCUGUCCUUUUUGAUGCCUUCCACUCUGUGCUUGUAGAUGUUAGUAUACAUAUCAGUCUCUUGAAGACGGUAGCACAGAGUCUCCAAAAGAAGGUACCCAGAACGUCUUUCAAAUUUGAGAAUAUUGAUGGAAAAGUUCCUGACAAAUCAAUUAAAGGUUUUGGUAAAGUAGUAAAAGAGGUGCUGCUUGUCAAAUCAUUGCUAACUGCACGUGAUAUUCUUCUAGAAGAGGCACAAAAGCUCGGGAAAGCAAUUGAUCAGAGCAUUGAUUUCACUGAGUUUAUCUCCCAGAUGGAUGAUACAAAGUUGUUUGAUUCUUUAUUGCAAGCAGAUGUAUCUUCAAUUACUUCUGAUGUUAAAAAUCUAGAAAAGUCCGAUUCUCAAAAGAGUAGCGAGAAGGCAAGCCUUUUUCUUGAUUUUCGAAGUAAUGGAGCUCUCCAGUCCCUGUCUAGGGACAGUCUUCUCUAUUUUGCUCAUACAAUUGGAAACCAAAUUCACUACUUAUGGAAUACUUUUCUGAAUUUCCACAGGGCUAACAAAACUAAGGUCAUGGAAUAUCUGCGGGAGUCAUGGGCCAAUGAUCGAAGAACGGAGUGGUCAAUAUGGAUGGUGCAUUCAAAGGUUGAGAUGCCACACCAUUUUAUUAGCAGCAGAAGUGAUGAGGCUUCACUCCGUGGUGGACUACGUGGAAAAGUAGCAGUGUUACGGAAACUGGCUGAUGAUCCUGCUCAAAUUGCAGCUACUCGUGCUGAGCUUCAUCGACGAAGUAUUGCGCAAAUGAAAAUCAACAGUCGUUCAAUUCAAGACUUGCAUAUGUUUGGAGAUCCUUCAAGUGUGCCUGUGGUGAUAGUAGAACGUGUCAUCAAUGCUCCAAGGCGUUCAUCUAGUGGCAAUUCUUACUUUGAGAUGACCCCAUCUACCUUGCUUUCUGAACUUCCGAACAAGAUAUCCAGUGGCAAUCACUUGUCGAAUGGUCGUUCUUUGAAACUUGUUGUUUUUGUGCACGGAUUUCAGGGACAUCAUUUAGAUUUGCGACUUGUUCGUAAUCAAUGGCUUUUAUUAGAUCCGAAGAUAGAGUUUCUUAUGUCUGAAGCAAAUGAAGAUAAGACCUCUGGGGAUUUCAGAGAAAUGGGAAAGAGGCUAGCAAAAGAGGUUGCCUCUUUUGUUUCGAAGAAAAGGGACAAAGCCUUUAGAUCUGGGGGAGUAUCAGAAAUCAAACUUAGUUUUGUUGGGCAUUCCAUUGGAAAUGUCAUCAUAAGGGCUGCGUUGGCUGAUAAUAAAAUGGAGUCCUGUCUCAAAUAUUUGCACACCUAUGUCUCUGUAUCUGGUCCACAUUUAGGAUAUCUGUACAGUUCAAAUUCUCUAUUUAAUUCUGGGCUGUGGCUUCUGAAGAAACUCAAAAGCACGCAGUGUAUCCAUCAACUUACGUUGACUGAUGAUCCAGAUCUCCAGAACACCUUCUUCUUCAAGCUAUGCCAGCAAAAAACAUUGGAGAAGUUUAAGAAUAUCAUCUUACUGUCUUCACCACAGGAUGGUUAUGUACCGUAUCAUUCUGCAAGAAUUGAAUUGUGUCCUGCAUCUUCUACUGACUUCUCCAAAAGGGGACAAGUUUUUGUGGAAAUGUUGAACAAUUGCUUGGACCAAAUACGAUCUCCCUCCAUGGAACAUCGAGUUUUUAUGCGAUGUGAUGUCAAUUUCAACAUGUCUUCUCAUGGCAAAAACCUAAAUACUUUCAUAGGACGAGCUGCUCAUAUAGAGUUCUUGGAGACCGAUAUCUUUGCAAAGCUCAUAAUGUGGCCAUUUCCAGAAUUUUUUCGUUAAUUAUGCUGUGUAAGGUAGCCUUGUGUUAAUUAAGAUGCUUUGACAUCAAAGGGUCCAUUUGCAUAAUUGGUUGGGAUUUCAUGCAAAUCCUUUUUCCAUCGCGGUCAGAUUUCCAGUUUUGCACAUUGUGGACAUGGAUUAAGAAGCAAGAAAUGUUUCGUCAGUCAGGAGAAAUGUAUACUGUUCUAGGUAAGCUAGAUUCUGUAUUUGUAUUUGCAAUCGUAUCAGUUUUCCAUUUAGGAUUAUAGGCAGGAGAUCCUUGAAAUUUAGGAAUACAGAGGAUUACUCAUUGUACAGUAAACAUGAUAUAAAUAGUUUUUAAGCUUCAAAGGUAGUUUAGUUCCAUAGUGCUGUUUUUUUGUUUCACUUAGUUACCUAUUCCCUUCUGUAUCUAAGCUACCAUGUUUUAUAGCACCGUAAGAUGUUUCAAUAAGAAUUUACAAGGCUUCUAGUGCAGCGUAUUAUUUUCUGAUAAA